CCAAGGAAGAUAUUUGUCAACUGAAAAUCGAAAAGAGGGAAAUUUUGCUUGAAAUACUUUGUCUCCACCAUCGCCGAUCUCUUUAUCUUACACUAGGUGCAGCUUUGGCAUGUGAGGGGACCGGUAGGACUCCUUCAUGGUUCCACUGUUCUAGAACAUACAGGCUACAAAGCUUAAUUUAUACAGCCACUCUCUCUCCCUCUCUCUUUCUCUCUCCCCCAUGCGAUGGAGCCUACCAACCUCUAGAUCAUCGAUUAAGAAUGUCAAAAAUAUUAUUAAGGCUACUCCAAUUUUUCCAUCCCACUUUCUUCUUCUGUUUCUCCUCCUUCCUGAUCUGCAAGUGUUUCCAAUCAAUCCUCUUCCGAAACAGCUUCGAAAGGGUUCCUCAAGAAAGUGAAUCACAAGAUGGGAGUUCGGACAUCUCAAUUGAAGAGAACUCAGCGAGGGAAGAAGAUCUUAUUGCAGACGUUCUCAAUGGGGAGACUCUGUUGUUCUUGCCUUACAAAGUUGACGGAAGAGGAGCAAUUGAUGAGAUAUGCGAAGUGAAUAAGGCCCAUGAAGUUAUCUGCAACUCUGAUUCGAUCUCCCCUGAAGAAUAUAAUCCUAAGGAUGCAGAUGACGAGAAGUGUGAGGAGACGAAAACGGAUGCUAAGGAGGAGAGAAAGGAGACACAAAUUGAAGAAAAUGAAGUGCCAAGAAAGCCAAAGGAGCUUGAAGAGAAACAAAUUAAAGAAAAUGAAGUGCCAAGAAAGCCAGAGGAGCUUGAAGAGAAGAAUGAUGGAGAUAAUGGUGAAGAAAAUGGAAGGCCAAGAAAGCUAGAGCUUGAAGUGAGGGACGGUGGAGUAAGCGGUGAAGAAAGGAAAGAUGGAUUCAUGGCAAUGGAAGAUGGAGCAAGCGGUGAAGAAAGGAAAGAUGGGUUCAUGGCAAUGGUGCAGUUUACUGCAGAGACAACGUCGAAGAGCUCAUGGGAAUGGAGAAGCUCCACCAACUACAGGGAUUCAGAGAUGGAAGAUCUAUAUUCUUCCUCUUCCUCUUCUUCUGCUGAUUCUUUGUUCAUCAAAAAGUAUGACGAAGAGAUGAUGUUUUAUGACAAAAUUAGUGCCCAGAAAUUACAAGAAACAGAAUCCUUCAGAAUGAUGAACCCAUUGCCAAGAUCAGUGUCAAAGAGAAUAAUGAUCAACUUGAGAGGAUAUUUAGAAGAGACACCGAGGCUCAGGGAGGACGUUAGGAAUCCACAGCAAGAACUUGAAGCCGCUUAUGUUGCCCAAAUUUGCUUGACGUGGGAAGCUCUUAACUGGAACUACAAGAACUUCAAGAAGCUGAUGGCAGGCAAGGAAGAUGCAGAGUUCGGCUACUACGCUCAUGUUGCUCAGCAGUUUCAGCAAUUUCAAGUCCUGUUGCAGCAGUUUAUAGAGAUCGAGCCUUAUGAGCAUGGCCGCCGACCGGAAAUUUAUGCAAGAACGAGGAUUUCCAGUUCGAAAUUGCUUCAAGUUCCUGAACUUAGAGAAAGCAAUGUGGAAGGUGAGGCCACCGAGGAGACAAAGAUCUCGACAGCAGAACUCCUUGAGUUGAUGGAAGAAUCAAUCAGGAUUUUCAUGGAAUUUCUCAAGGCAGAAAAAGAGGACAAAUGUGUCAUCUUCAGGAGAUUGUGCCGGAGGUUGCGUAGGUCUGCGUAUAAUUCGCGUAUUCGAGCCAUAAGGAAAGCUGCCCACAAGAAGAGAAAGGAGCUGAAGGAGAUGCUGAGAAGGCGGAGAUACUUCACAAGAAGAUUAAAGCUGAAAAGCGCAGACCAGUUUGAAGUUCUGUUGGCCUUGAUAGAUGUCAAAGUGGUGUUAAGGGUUUUGAAGACGGCACGACUCAACGAAGAACAGUUACAUUGGUGCGAGCAGAAGAUCAACAAAUUGAGGGUGGACAAGGACAAAAUACAGAGAGAUUCCUGCCCAUUGUUCUAUCCUUGUAGGUGACCCACAUGUGCAGCUCAUUAUGGGAUAUAUAUAUAUACAUAUAUAUGAUGUCAGUCAUAAUAAGAGAAACUCUCAUGUAUUUGAAUAUAGUAUAUGUAAACUCUAGGCCCUUGUACACAUUAUACAACAUUAUCAUUAAUAAUAAUCUACUUACUAUUUUA